UCAACACACAUGGCCGGACAGCUACGGACUGCGGGCAGCCACUGGGCGGCGCUGCUAGCAUUCAUCCUAACACUAGGAACGGCAGCGCCCACACCUACAGGAACGACAGCGCGACACACCUCCACAACAGCAAGAGCAGCAACCACGACAGCCACGCCUACGGUGCCCGCCGACGGGGCCUGCUUCGGCAUAUACACGACCACGGGAGUGGCCCAAAUGAAUGCUUACUUUACCAUGACCGUCAAUUCCCCUAGUCACUGCAUUUAUAAGUGCUACAGCGGCAACUACAUCUACGCCUCUACAGAGGAGGGGAAAAGCUGCGCAUGCAGCAACAAAUUCAGCCUGAAGAAGAUGACAUCCGGAGUGUGUAACUACACAUGUGCCGGGAACACCUGCGUCAUAUGUGGCGGUCCCGGCAGCUCCAACUUCUACUCUGUACCAGCUGGUGGGGUACCAGCCCCGACUCCGCCCCCAUACCAGUGUUCUGGUACGACAACAACGGUGGCGGCAACAACAACAAGAGGAAUAACAACGGCACCAGCAACGACAACGGUCGCAGCAAGAACAACAACGGCACCAGCAACGACAACGGUAGCAGCAAGAACAACAACGGGAACAGAAACAACAACGGCAGUAGGAACAACGGCAGCAGGAACAACGGCAGCAGGAACAACAGCAGGAACAACGGUAGCAGGAACAACGGCAGAAACAACAACAGCAGGAGCAACAACGGCAGCAGGAGCAACAACAGGACAGCAAACAGCAACAACCAAUGGAGGAACAGCAACAGGAUCAACAACAGCCCCACCACAGACUGCUACAACGACGUCCGCAUCUAACGCCACAACCAACGACACCCAGCCAACCACAACAGCCUCAACAACCAACAACUCACAAGCCGUCAACAGCAGUGCAACUUCAGGUUAA